AUGGAUGGGGAGAAACACAACCACUGCUGGAUUCAUGUUACAAAAGUAGAAAACGGUCGUGAAUGGAUAUGCAAGCAUUGUAAUCUUAAGUUCAAUGGAGAUGCUUCGAGAAUUGAAGCAGACCUAGGGCGGGGUGGCAUUGAAGCGCACCGGAGUAGCAAAGUAGGAGAAGACAUUAGGCGAUGCUCCUAUCAUCCUGUGGCUGGUAAUGAAGGAGUUCACAACAAUAUGGCAUCCACUUCAAGUAAUCCACCAGAAGCUGUGAAUAGAUCAAUUCAUUCAAUACAAGUUCAAGGUGUGAACAGGAGCGGUUGUAAUAGAAGUGUUUUUGGAAAUGAGGUUAAUCACUUAAAACAAUUGGUUUUUGAUCUAGAAUGUGAGGAAAAUUAUAUUACAAAACAACUUCAACGAUUAAAGUCUCAUGGAAAAAAGCGCAAGCAAGAAGUUGAUAUAUGGCUAGAAGAGUUACUAGAAAUUAAAGAAAGAGUGGAUGCUAUGAAUAACUUGAAUGACACUCAUGAUAUAUAUGAGUUAUUCAAAGAUAUGAAACGACACAAGGAAGAAAAACCUCUCACUUUGUCGACAGAAUUUGUUGGGAAAGCAUUAGACUUUAAUAUCAGGAAAGUGCUUAAACUUCUAGAGGAUGACCAAGUUUUUGUUAUUGGUAUAUAUGGAAUGGGGGGAGUGGGAAAAACUUUACUUGCAACUCUCGUCGAGAAUGAAGUAAAAAGGAAACCACCUUUCAUAGAUGUGUUUUGGGUUACUGUUUCCCCCAAUUUCAAAAUCUUAGAAUUGCAACACGAUAUCGCAAAAAGAAUUGGUGUGAAGCUUGAUGAAGACGAUGAGAAAAUUGGAGCAGAUAACUUGUCAUCGGCACUGCAGAAAAAGCGAAAAUCAGUUAUUAUUUUGGAUGAUGUUUGGAAAUACAUUGAUUUGGAAAAGGUGGGAAUUCAUACAAAGGUGAAUGGUAUUAAAGUAAUUCUGACAACUCGUUUGAAACUUGUGUGUCAACAGAUGGAUUGUAUGCCAAAUCAUAUGAUAAAUAUGAAACCUCUUGAUGGUGUCAAUGAAGAUUGGGAGUUAUUUAAGGUCAAACUUGGACACAGAGGAACUCCUGCCACACUCUCGCCUGAAAUUGAAAAUAUUGCGAGACAUAUUGUAUCCCGAUGUGAGGGUUUACCACUUGGAAUCAGUGUGAUCGCUAGAACCAUGAAAGGGAUUGAUGACAUUCAUCAAUGGAAACAUUCAUUAAAUGAACUUAACAAAUUGGAAAUGGGACAAGAGGUGGUUGAAGAAGUCUUCAAGGUAUUAAGACGUAGUUAUGAUAAUUUGAUAGAAGAAGACUUGCAGAACUGUUUUUUGUAUUGUGCACUAUUAUCUAAUGAUGAUGAGUUUGACAAAGAUGAGUUGAUCAUGAAGCUUGUUGACAAUAAACUGAUAAAUGGGAAUAAGUGUUUGGAAGAAAUAUUUGAUGAUGGGAAUACCAUAUUUGAUAAGCUCAAAGCCCACAGUCUGAUGAGUAGUUCACAUUAUUCAUCUGUAUACAAUUAUCGCUUGGUGAUAGACAUGGCAUGUUAUAUCAUGAAAGAGAGUAAGCGAAAUGCUAUGGUGAAAUUCGGUAACGAAUUGACCAAGAGAGCCAUUACACAGGAAUGGGCAGAUGAUUUAGAGUUGGUUCAUUUGUGGAGUUGUGAUAUAGAAGAAAUUCCAGAGAGCAUUGCACCUUAUUGUCAGAGGUUGUCCACCUUGGUCAUAAAUAAAUUGUCUAUUAGUCAUGUUCCAGAGAGUUUUUUCGAAUACAUAGAUAAUCUAACAAUACUCGAUCUAUCCAAUAAUAAAAAACUAGAAUCUUUGCCUAACUCUAUCACUAAGUUGAUAUCUCUUGUUUCUUUAGUACUAACAGGAUGUCAUUCACUUACACAUGUGCCCCCAGUGGGAGAACUAUGGUCAUUGUCAAGAUUGGUCAUUUCAGACUGUUCCAUUAAAGAAGCACCACAAGGCUUGGAUAAACUACAUUUGAAAUGGCUUGAUCUAUCCCACAAUAAGAGCUUGAAUUUGGAAUUAGGAUCUUUGAAUUUGAACGAAAUGCAAUACCUGGAUCUCCAAGAUACUCUUGCAAUGAUUACAGUAGAAGAUAUUCAAAGGAUGAAUAUGUUGGAAUGUUUAGGAGUCGCCUUUGACUGUAAACAUUACAACCAGUACAUGCAGAAAAAUCUUGACAUGAGUUUUGACCUCAAAACAUAUCAUUUCAGAUUUGGAAAUGUGUGCGGUGAAUCAAAAAGUGUUUGGUGGAAUUAUAUUAAUUUGAAAAGAUUUGAUCCUAGUGAUCCUGAAACUAAGACUAUACUAUUUAGAGAUUGUGAUCAUUUCUCCCACAUACUGCCUAAAGACCUUACAUAUCUCUGUAUAGAGAAAAAUGGUCAUUGGGUUUGCUUAUGUGAUGCUCUGUCAUACAAUACUGCUUCUUCUUUGAGGAAAAUUGGAGCUUAUGAUUGCCAACAACUGGAGAGCUUGUUUUGUUUAUCUGGUUCUUGUUCCUUUUGCACCAAGAUUCACAACCUUGAAGAUUUGGAACUUAGAAACAAUCUUUAA